GCAAAUCAAUUAUUAAUCAGACCUUUCUCGAUCACGUAUACACAAUCGGAACAUGGAAUGCGGCUGGUUUCGGGAGACAUUUCACGAGUUUCUGAUCUUCCAUGGCGCGAUCAUCUAAUUUGAUGCCGGUAGUGAGGCAUCAAAAAUGUUGUAGAAUUUUCUCGCGAGGCAGCAUCUUUCCUGCAGCUUUUUUUAUCUUUAUAGGACUCUUCCUAUGGAGCAGAGCAAUAACACAACACAAUAUAGAGGACAUGUUAAUAUGGAAUUUACAAGGUUCGAAAGGUUUAUGUAAGAACCAAUGCAGGCUUUCUGGAAGUGAGACGUUACCCCAAGGCAUAAUUUCCAAGACCACCAAUUUGGAGAGAAGACCAUUAUGGGGUCUUCCAAAGAAGACAAAUACUUCUAAAAGUCUGUUUGCUGUUGCUGUGGGGAUAAAGCAAAAAAAUAAUGUAGAUAUGAUGGUCCAGAAGUUCCUAGGAAGUGAUUUUGCUGUCAUGCUUUUCCAUUAUGAUGGUAUUGUUGAUGAGUGGAAGGAUUAUAAUUGGAGCAGCAGUGUCAUACAUGUGUCAGCUGAUAAUCAAACUAAAUGGUGGUUCGCAAAGCGGUUUCUACAUCCAGAUAUUGUAGCAGAGUAUAACUAUAUUUUCUUAUGGGACGAAGACCUUGGUGUUGAAAACUUUGAUCCUGCCAGGUACCUAUCGAUUGUGAAAGAUGAAAGGCUAGAGAUAUCACAACCAGCGCUAGAUCUUGACAAGUCUGAGGUGCACCAUUUUAUCACAGCUCGAUCGGGGAGAUCAAAAGUCCACAGGAGGUCGUAUAAACAUGACGGUAAGGGUAUUCAAUGCAAUGACAACAGCACCGGUCCUCCUUGCACAGGGUGGAUAGAAGUGAUGGCCCCUGUAUUCUCAAAAGCUGCGUGGCGUUGUGUGUGGUAUAUGAUUCAGAACGAUUUGAUCCAUGCUUGGGGACUAGACAUACGGCUUGGUUAUUGCGCACAGGGUGAUCGGAUGAAAAAGAUAGGAGUUGUGGAUACCGAAUAUCUUGUUCACUACGGCCUCCCAACUCUGGGAGAUCCUCGCCAAAAGACGUCUAGAUGGAACAAGACCUCUUCUAGUGAAAAAAAGGAUAAAUCCGGAUCGGGUGAAAUCGACCAAAGACUCGCGGUGCGAAGAGAGUCGUAUAACGAGUACAAGGUGUUUAGGAGGAGGUGGAAGAAGGCGGCAGAGUCGGACCAGUGCUGGGCCGACCCGUACCCGGAGGAGGGGGACCAUCACCAAAACCAAAAGGACCACCCCUCCUUUUGGACCCAGACCUGA